AUGACGGUCAUCACGCCCCUGUAUUCGAUGUUUAAUCAGAUGGGGCAGCUGGUUCAACAGAUUGCCACCAAUCCAUCUGCCCAAUCCCAUUUUGAGCUGCUGCGAUUGAUUGAGCAAUUCCGAUUGGCCGUGGAAAGCCCCUCUGAGACUAUUCAGCGUUUGGUCUAUCAGCCCCCACAGAACGCCGCCCUCCGAGCUGUAGUGGAUCUGCAGAUCUUCCCUCUGCUCGUAAAAAAGCAGUACCAGAAUACAGGGAUCUCGGCUGCGCAACUAGCGGAGCACACUGGUGCAGAACAAGAGUUAAUCGUUCGAUUGAUGCGUGUCAUGGAAUCUCUGGGUCUCUGUAAAUCCCCAGAGUUCCAAGUAUAUAAAGCGAAUGAGAAAACGGUGGCCAUGACCCAGCCUGCUGGGCGUGAUGGAGUUCCUUGCAUAUAUGACCUCACAAUUCCAACUCUUGGCAAGCUGCCCGAGUAUCUACGAGCACACGAUUAUGUCAACCCCCAAGACUACGACCAUUCACCUAUGCAGUGGGCAGUGGGUCAAAGCCAAUUCGAGUGGCUAGCCAGCCACAAGGAUAAACAGAAGUUGUUCAAUUCAUAUAUGGCGAGUCGCAGACAAGGGCGACCAAUGUGGUUCGAUGUCUACCCAGUGGGAAGACUAAUGGGCGAUGCAACGCCAUUCGCGGACACAGUUUUCCUGGUUGAUAUUGGUGGUAAUCAAGGCCAUGACUUGCGUCAGUUUCGUCAGAAAUACAAAAACCUCCCGGGAAAGGUCAUCCUGCAAGAUCUUCCAAAGGUUCUGAACGGGGUGUCUGGUCAUGACUCUGAUAUCGAAGUUAUGCCUUAUAGCUUCAUGGAACCUCAGCCUGUGCAGGGUGCACGAGCGUAUUACUUCCGAUCCAUAUUUCAUGAUUGGUCUGAUGAGAUCUGUCACCAGAUAUUGUGCAACACAAUGUCUGCAAUGGUACCGGGUUAUUCUCGGAUCUUGAUCGUGGACUUUGUUCUGCCGGAUACUGAGACACCCCUCAUGCAGGCGUCGCUCGACAUUCAGAUGAUGAGUAUUGGUGCGGGUGUUGAGCGGUCGGAAACUCAGUGGAGAGAGUUACUGCAGAAGGCUGGAUUGGAGAUCACGGGUAUUUGGAGUCAAGGCCCAGGCAUGGAAUCAGUAAUUGAGGCGGUUCCCAUAUCGCAGGUGAAAGUGGCUGAGAUGAUGGGAUGA